AUGGCGGCCUCUUCAGAGCAGCCAGGAGCCCCGCCCUCCUCUGUUACGGCUGCAGUGCUCGUCCAAUCGAAUGGAAUGCCCGAGGGCUCCCAAAAGGUCGAAGAGUUGGAUUUUAACAAGUUUCACGGCCGGGCAAUAACAGUGGAUGAUUUGAUUGGGGGCAUGAAUAACAUGGGGUUCCAGGCAAGCUCAGUGGGAGAGGCGGUACGGAUCAUAAAUGAGAUGCGCGCAUGGCGAGAUCCCGAAACCUCCGACAAGACCACCAUCUUCCUAGGCUAUACAUCCAACCUCAUCUCCUCCGGUCUCCGCGGCACCCUCCGCUACCUCGCACAACACAAUCAUGUCUCUGCAAUUGUCACUACUGCCGGUGGCAUCGAAGAAGAUCUCAUAAAAUGCCUUGGCGACACUUACAUAGGCUCGUUCUCGACUCCGGGCGCCGAGCUGCGUUCCAAGGGCUUGAAUCGCAUCGGGAACCUCAUCGUCCCGAAUAACAACUACUGCCUGUUCGAAGACUGGUUGAUACCCAUCCUAGACACCAUGCUUGAGGAGCAGGAAGCUAGCAAGGAUACGGAGGAGCCCAUCAAUUGGACGCCGUCGAAAGUCAUCCACCGCCUAGGGAAGGAGAUCAACGAUGAGCGCUCCGUCUAUUACUGGUGCUACAAGAACAAUAUCCCAGUCUUCUGCCCCGCUCUCACGGAUGGUAGUCUAGGCGAUAUGCUGUAUUUCCAUACGUUCAAGGCCAGCCCGAGACAGCUGAAGAUUGAUCUUGUCGAGGAUAUUAGGAAGAUUAACACGAUUGCCGUGCGGGCUAAGAGGGCCGGAAUGAUUAUCCUUGGCGGCGGGGUCGUUAAACAUCAUAUUGCAAAUGCAUGCUUGAUGAGAAAUGGGGCAGAGAGCGCUGUAUAUAUCAAUACGGCGCAGGAAUUUGACGGGAGUGACGCAGGGGCAAGACCGGAUGAGGCUGUGAGUUGGGGAAAGAUUAAGGUCGGGGCAGAUAGUGUUAAAGUCUAUGUCGAAGCAACGGCUUGCUUUCCACUCAUAGUAGCGUCUACUUUUGCGAAAGACAAAUGCGCCCCUUGA